AAGCGGAUAAGGAAAAGUACAAAAUAGGAAAACAAAUUUUGCAAAUUAACAAAAAAAUAUGUCAGGAACAAGAACUCAGGUUGCCGAUUCUUCGACUUCACCGCCUUUGAGUGAAAAUAGGCGGUUGGGUUAUUCGGGGCUCAAGUUCGCUUAUGCCGACGGCUCCGAUGACGAAGGUCCUUCUAUAACCACGGAACUACCCUCGUGUGUGUAUGCAGCUGCGAGGACUAGGCUGCAACUGCCUCUUGCUGCCUACGUCCAUCAACAUUCCAGACAAUUACAUACAGAUGCGCUUUUGGAGUCAUCGGUUGAGACGGACUAUCAAUGCGGUGGGUCUCCAUACCGCGUGCAGCGAGCUGCUGCUAACGUUCGGGAGAGACGACGGAUGCUGAGCAGUAUAAACUCGGCGUUCGACGAAUUGCGAGUGCAUGUGCCGACUUUUCCUUAUGAGAAACGUCUCAGCAAGAUUGACACUCUUCGCCUUGCCAUUGCCUACAUAGCGCUCUUAAGAGAGGUUUUGGAUGCAGAUUACGAUCCAUUGACAUACGUAGAAAAAUGUCUUCGCGGCGAAAUCAAAGCAGAUCGAGCUCAUUGGAAUACAAGUGAUUUAACAGCUAGACUAUCGUGGAUCAACUGGGAGAAUCUUGGUGUAAAUCCACAGCGGAGAAGCGUCCUAACUUCACUGGCACUCAGUUCUGACAAUCUUCAAUAUACUCACAAUUAAAAGGACACUUUUCAAGGCAACAUUUCUUCCCCUUUAUAUUUCUGGUAUAUUAAAAGUACUUAUAAAAGUGAAGCAUUCGUACAUUGUUAUAAUUUAAUGAUAAAUAUUCAAAUAAAUAUUCUAAAUUACUAAUAUUUAUUAAACUAGUUUAGUUAGAACGUAUAGUGAAAUUGUAUAUCUCAAUAUUUAAAAUGAUGUUUAAUGAAACGAGAUUAAUAGUUUUGUUGCUUCUGGCCUUUUAAAGUUAUAAU